AUGGAAAUAAAAAAUAGAGGCAGCUUCGAGAUAUCUGCGGUGCAGACACAGUUGGAUGAGUCAAUAUUGCAGUCUCCACCGAGAUCUUUAGCAAGAACCCCAAAGGAUGCAACGAGAAAGAACUCAGAGCUAGCCAAAAAUGAAGAAAUCCAAUUUCUCACCGGGAUCAAGCUUAUUAUGGUGAUGAGUGCAGUCACUCUGGUGAAUUUCCUGGUUUUACUCGAUACUACGAUCAUCGUGACAGCAAUUCCAUCAAUCACUACGCAUUUCCACUCCCUUGACGACAUUGGAUGGUAUGGGGGCGCAUACCAAAUUACCGGAGCUUGUUUGCAGCCUCUGACUGGGAGGAUCUACACGAACUUCAGCUCGAAAUGGACAUUUCUCGGCUUCUUUUUCUUCUUCGAGUUGGGAUCACUUAUCUGUGCUCUAGCUACUUCUUCUAAGAUGCUUAUUAUUGCUCGAGCCGUCGCUGGAAUUGGAUCUGCGGGCUUGAUAAAUGGGAUUUUGACAAUCGUUACAGCCUCUGUCCCCUUGCACAAGUCACCUCCACUGAUUGGGGCUAUAAUUAGUAUCUCCCAACUUGGAGUUAUUCUUGGUCCUCUUCUAGGCGGUAUAUUUACAGAAUACGUGACAUGGAGAUGGUGCUUCUAUAUCAACCUUCCGGUCGGCUCGAUUGUGGCGUUACUUUUGGUGUCAAUAAAAAUUCCCGAUCAAGUCGCUAAGGUGAAAGGCGCCGUUAUUCAAACCAUUCUCCAUAAGCUUGACCUCAUCGGUUAUGUGACCGUUAUCGGACUCUUCUGUGGUUCUGGUGCUACAUUCAUUGUCUUCCUUUUCUGGGAGCAUCGCCAAGGUGACCUUGCUAUGAUUCCUCUUGCGAUGAUCUCCAGGCGCAUAGUUUGGUCAAUGUUCACUAUGCUCUCUGGGGUUUUAAUUGGAAAGUUCGGGUACUAUCUCCCGUGGGGUGUUUUCUGCGGUGUAGUUGCUUCCAUCGGUAACGGCUUAAUUUCAACCUGGGGCCCAGAUACGCCGACCGCAAAAUGGGUAGGAUACCAGAUCCUACUUGGAGCUGGACGUGGAGCCGGUUAUCAGGUGCCCAUCAUUGCGAUUCAAAAUGCGCUUCCGCCUGAACAAAUUUCCGUCGCAAUGUCAAUUCUCAUGUUUUCUCAGACCCUGUUCGGGGCAGUGUGUCUCACCUUCGCACAGGUGGGUUUCUCAAGCGGGCUAGAGGAUUCGAUCCGUAAGUAUGCGCCCAAUGUGAAUCCUACGACAAUAAUCAAGCCGGAGCAACCGGCAUUCGAGAUGUGGUAUCGGGUCAAGAUGUAG